UAGUUAUCAUCUGAUAUCUUUACCUUUUAACCAUGACUCAUCACGAAGAAGCCUAUAAUACCAUCGUUAACACUGAGGUCGUUACUGAAGAACACAAGCAAAACUGGACCCACGGAUUACUCGCUUCUGCUGCUGGAUUUGCUGCCUUAAGAGCCUACAACAAGAAGCAAGAAGAGGAAGGUAACGAAGUUGACCAUGCUUUGGCUAAGGAGUUGCUCGCUGGUUUAUCUGCCGGUGCUGUUGAUAACUUGGUUGAGACUAAGGGUAUGGACUGGUUUGACAAGCACAAGGCUAAGAAGCAAGCCGAAGAGGAGGCCCAAAAGCUCUACUCCAGAGAGACUGGUUAUAACUUUGAUUAAAUUCAUGUCGCCAUAAUACCUUAUCUAUACAUAUAAACAGCCUCGAUAUAAUUCUACAUAUAACAUGAUGGAAUAUUUCUUUUAAAUAAAUGUCCAAAUUACAAUUGUAACAACUAAAUUUUUGUUUAUAUAUAUGUCGUUGAGUAGCAGUGCUGCAAUAACAGACAAAGGAUUGUUUUGAUUAAUUAAAUCCCAUUUUACUUUACUCUUUAUUCCUCUCAUAGAAAUCACUCUCGAACAAUUAUGAUUCAGUAAUAGGUAGUCCGAGUUACGACCCAAUUUUGUAAACUACUUCAACUGACGAUGUUAUAUUUUCAGUGAAGCAAUAAAAAACCUGAUGAUUAUCAUAAAAAUAUUCUUGCAGUUUUCCGCUAAUUUGAACUUCAAAUUAAAAAUAUACGGAGGA